GUGAAUUCAAACUUUGCAUUUUUAAUUUUUUAAAUGCAAUCAGAAAAGAAAUCGCAAUUAGAUGUUCACCUGAGAAGCCAUACUGGUGAGAAACCGUUUCUAUGUGAUAUUUGCGGUAAAAAAUUUUCCCAGUCUGGAAAUUUAAUAAUUCACAAAAGAACACAUUCGGAAGAAAGACCAUUCAAAUGCUACUAUGAAGACUGUAAAUACGCUGCGAAAAGGAAACAUACUUUAAUAGAUCAUGUCAAACGAUUACAUAAACUUCCAGUUGUUUCUGAAGUUAUUAUUCCUGGAAAAAAGGCAGAAAAAGAUUACAAAUGUGAGAAAUGCGGUAAAACUUUUCGAUUUUUAUCCACUUUAAGAAUACAUCUAACGUCUCAUGAAAAAUACCGACCGUUUUCAUGUAAUAUUUGUAAGAAAACUUUCAAACAUAAAUAUCAGUUAAAUAGACACAUGAAGAAAGUACAUCCACAAGAACAAAUCGCAUAUUCUUCAAAAUUUUUACAAUCCUGUGAACAGAAUAGUCAGAAAUUACCUUCACAAUCGCAUAAUAAAAUAUCAGCUGCAGUAUCAAGUGAAACAGAUGAAAAGUCACAGAAUGGUCAACACGAACAAUUAUCUGAAAUGGCAUUUCGAUGUGAUUUGUGCAACUUCAGGACUUGGUCAAAGGAGAAAUGGUUUAUGCAUAAACAACGUCAUGCCGAUGAAAAUAAAUUCAAAAUAAUAGAAUCGGCAGAAACAUCUGAUUAACAAACUUAAAGGGCUGCGUGUAUUGUUUUAAUGACGAGAAAAGAAAAGAAAAAAACUGAAAAUAAAACUUCCCAAUUAAUUUUAAAAAAUUCAAAUAACAUUUUGAAAAUAUUCAGCACCAAAUUCGUUAAAUG